CGAACCCGGAAAAAAGACGACUGUAUCUGUAAUCCGAUCACACAAACAAAUAGACGAGAGUGUGAGCGUCUGAUGCACGCCGGGGCGCGUACAUGAAAGCUGUUUGUAAAAGUUGUUAAAAAGUUUUUUCUGCCAUGCGCGUAUUUACCAAACUCGGGUCUCUCCUCUCAGCGUCGUAGCGGUUCAGGGCGCUGGCUGUGGCGCACACUGACUCUCCACAGCGGUGAUAUGUGAUAGCAGCAGCAUGCCGUACUUGGACCGGCUGAACCGUGUGUGUGGCUUCCUGGACAUUGAGGAGAAGGAGAACAGCUGCCGAUUCCAGAGGCGAUACUUCAUCCUCGACACGCAGGGAAAUGCUCUGCUGUGGUAUAUGGACAACCCUCAGAACCUGCCCAGUGGAGCCAGCUCUGUUGGCAACCUCAGACUAACCUACAUCUCUAAGGUGAGUGAAGCUACAGCAAAGCAAAAGCCGAAGACAGAGUUCUGCUUUGUCAUCAAUGCCGUUUCCCGGAGGUACUUCCUCCAAGCCAAUGAUGUGACUGACAUGAGGGACUGGGUUGCUGCUCUUAACAAGGCCAGCAAGAUCACUGUUCCUAAGCCUGGCGCUGCGCCGCCAAGGUCCGAUGUGACCGCAGUAAUCAGUGACCCUCAGGGAGGGAAGAGGCAGCAGGCCUACAAGACGGAGAUCAUCGGAGGCGUGGUGGUGCACACUCCCAUCCAGAAUGAAGGCGAGGAGACGGAGGGGAGAGAGAGGAAGGGCAACAGGCCAGGCGUGCUGAGGUGUGGUUACUGUGUCAAACAGGGAAAUGUGAGAAAGAGCUGGAAGAGGCGGUUUUUCACCCUGGAUGAUAACGCAGUCAGUUACUACAAGUCUGAGAUGGAUAAGGAGCCUCUUCGAGCUAUUCCACUGAGGGACAUUCAGAAGGUCCAUGAAUGUCUCGUCAAGUCAGGGGAUCUUUUGUUGAGAGACAACCUCUUCGAGAUCAUCACCAGCUCCCGAACCUUCUACAUUCAGACAGACUCUCCAGAGGAGAUGCACAGCUGGAUCAGGGACAUUGAGAUGAAGAUCCAGGAUUUCAGAGGUCCCCCUAAGGGUUUUCAGGGUUUUAAACGAACGUCUUCUCUCUAUCGAAGUCACAAUGCCUCUUCUGCAUCUCGUGGUCAACAGGGCGAUGAGCGGCGUCCUCCGCUGAUCAAGUCCUGUUCCGUGGCGCCGGGCUGGCAGCCGUGGACCCCUGUGCCCCAGUGUGAGCCCCCCAUCCAGAUCAUGGAGGAUGAAGACAGCGCUUUCAGCUCUGUUCCCACCGUGCCUUCUCUCUCCUCCUCCUCCACCUCUUCCUCCACCUCUUCCUCCUCCAACUCCCUCUCAACCCCGAACCCUUGCCCCACUGCGCCUCCCACAGCCUCGACCAGUGGACAUGGCAUCCUCACGGCGUCAGCAGAUGUGGCGAGUGGGCGUCGGAGGCACCGCUCGCAGCCUCAGCCUCACACAGGCUGCAGCUUCCCCUUCAGCCUGGAUGACGACAACAUCCGCACCACAGACGUCUAAGUUCUAUGAAGUCUGUCCAGACUCCUGUGUGGACAAAAGCUGGUACCUGCUUUUAAAUGAAUGUGACUGGUAAUGAUAGUAUUCCCUGCUAAUGAAGUGACACUGUGACCAUCUGCCUCAAUGCAAGGACCCGCAUUUGGUGCCCCCUGCUGGUCAUUUAGCUGCGUUGCAGAUGAAGGAAACCGCACAUGGAUGAUGGAGUGGUUUGUUUUUAGUGCAACUUCCUCUCAAAACUUGAAUAAUCUUGUUGUUAAUUGUUGCAGAUUUGCAAAUUAUGGCACAUGCUUUCAGUCUGUUGCACUUAGCUCCCAAAUGUAAUCAAAAACACCCUGCUAGAAGUAUUCACAGACAAGUAUUUAAAGGCAUUUGGUCACAUUAGCAUCCAUAAUGUUUAUUUCACAUCUUAUGCUCAUAAAAUACUUUUUAGCUUCUUUUGAGCCCAGCAGUGUUUUUCCCCCUUUUUUUUCCUGAGACACACGUGAUGUGAAAGUCUGACAUCAACUAAACUUCAUUAACGUUUAACAAGCAUUUCACUACCACAAUGUAAUCAGGUGCAAAGUAUUGUGUAGGUCUCGUAAAAAAAAAAAAAAAGGUACACACACUCACUCUGCAGCCGGUACAGACAGAGAAGAUGGAGUCAGUAGCAGCUUUUAUGUGUUAGAUUUUAUAAAGCGUGGCUUAAAGAUCGAUUGUCAGUAAACUGUGACUCCUCUCUAAGCUUGUAAAAAGGUACCAUAAUGAUACAGCAGUGUGUUCAUGGUACUUUUUGUAGAAUGUACUGCCAACAUCAAGACAGGUUUGUAAAUGUGAUUUUUCUUGUUGCAGCAUUAUGUGGGGUAAAUGUGCCACUACUGCUGGUAAUUUAAUUCUAAUUCUGCACUUUUUCUCAUUUUUACUUGUGUUUUUUUUUUUUUUUUUUUUUUUACGUGCUUCACAGCUCACACAGCAGAUAUUACAGCUUCGUCUGAGAUGCCUCAGAUAGCUCAUGCUGUUACACCAGUAGUCCCAACCCUCCUCAGGUUCACCUCAAGACUCCAUUGAUGUGGUACCAUGUUCCAUGCCUGUUUCCGUUUUCUGACAUGUGCACUCGUCUGCCUGUGCAUGCUGUUAAUUUUCUUCCUUGUGCAUUAAAUGAUGCUUUUUA